AGUCACUGAGCCCUAGCGCUACCCUUGCUUAGGCUUUACUUCCUUGCGUGCAAGGUCUUGGAUGCUGCCACGCCGCCGUGGCUCGCUUAGGCAGGCUGUUCGUGCUUGGGACAGGCUUGAACUCAGAAAGGCAGCUGGACGUUUCGGGGAUGUCCAGCGCCGUCUGAGGGCUUCAAUACCUGCGGCGCGCGAGCAGGUGUAUGCUUAUGUUGGAUUAGAGAGGCUCCCGAGUGGAGAGCCGCAGCAGACUGGUGCUAAGACUGAAUCCUCUUUCUGAUAUAAAGACAUUUUACAAGGUGUAGUCUUUUUCAUUCUUUAUACCUCGAUGGUUUAUGUGGGAUAACU